AUGGCAAGGCCCCACUCGAAGAUUGGAGCCUAUGCCCGCUUCAGAGCGGCACAGGCGUACGGCCGCAUGGUUGAAGUCGCGAAAGUCUGGCAGCUUCCGUCUCAUCUGGGCGUCAUAGUCGCCGUGAUAAGAAAAUACGCCCUUCAAGCUGAAGCACCGAGCCCGCAAGCACAGCCUGUCGUGUUCUCUCUGCAGGACCUCGAGUUGUACACAAUUCGUGCUCUCGAAGAAAAGGUCCCCGGUCGCGAGAUAAAAGGCGUCAUUGAGCAAGUUAUGAAGGAGGGCCUUUCACCGGAAUGGGCGUACAGGCUGCUAUUUACAUAUACCUCGCAGUGA